AAUCGUCCAAGUCUCAGAUUCUCUUCUUUCUUUCUCUUUCCAUUUCCGUUUCCAAACAAAAAAGAACCCCUCAAAGAAUUGCGCGCAUAUAUAUAACUAACCUGCAAACAAGUUUUUUCCCUUCAUAAAAAUAAAGGCAACCCUUUUUUGCUUUCUUUUCAGAAAAUCUUCCUUUUUGUUUGGGGUAAGUCAAAACUAGUCCUUCUUCUUCUUCUUAUAGCCAUCGUUUUUUUCUUUUUUCUUUUUCUACUUUGAUGAUUGAUGGAUUGAAGUGUAACACUGAAUUGUGAAUGAUAAAGUACAGACAAAAGUCAAACUAAGUUUACAGUACAAAAUUUUUAGGGGGUAGGAAAAGCUUCAUUCCUUCUUCUGCUGCAACUUCAAUGGAAAUCAACACUUACCAAACGCGUGCUGAGCUGCUUUUCCGAAGCUGCAUGCUUUCAGAUUCUUGCAUCGUCUACUCGUCUGUUAUUGCUGGCAUUUUCGCAUGCAAACUGGUAUAUGAUCUUAGCAAGAUAUUCACCUCUAUUUACUUUAAGGUCUAUGCUGGGUUCUCAAAAUCCCAACAAGUUGAGUGGAAUAACCGGUCCAUAUCUACUGUUCAUGCAAUAUUCAUUACAGCCAUGUCACUGUACUUGGCAUUCUGGUCAGAUCUUUUCUCUGAUGAUCACCUCUCUGGCCAUGUCACUAUGCGGAGUUCCACUUUAUCAACCUUUGUCUUGGGGGUUUCUGCGGGAUAUUUUGUCACUGAUCUUGCUAUGAUCCUUUGGUUUUAUCCUUCUUUAGGUGGACUGGAGUAUCUGGUUCAUCACCUUCUCUCUAUGGUGGCAGUGACAUAUGCCAUGUUGACUGGUGUGGGGCAGCUUUAUGUGUACUUGGUUUUAGUUUCUGAGGCAACUACCCCUGGGAUCAACUUGAGAUGGUAUCUUGAUGUAGCUGGAUUGAAGAAGUCCAAAGCAUACCUCAUAAAUGGUUUCAUGAUGGUGUUUGCUUGGCUGGUUGCCAGAAUAUUGCUAUUCAUUUACUUGUUCUGCCACGUCUGCAUGCACUAUGAUCAGGUUAAGCAGAUGCAUUCAUUCGCGAUUUUCCUGGUUUCUGUUGUGCCAUUUGUUCUUGCUGUGAUGAACUUGGUGUGGUUUUGGAAGAUUCUGAAAGGACUUAAGAAGACUUUAGCAAAGAGGCACUGAAGUUUGGACCGAUUCCCAUGACAUAUUUUGAUAAAAAAUGUACAUACAACUUGUGAAAUCUCAACCCUUACGAAAAAAGGUAGGUAGGACAGAAGUGGGGUUGCAGGUAGAAAAAAAAAAAUACUUGUCUCCUUGUGUACAUAGAAAUUGGAUACAUCAAGAAUUGAUUUGCUGAUCUCAACUUGAAAGAAAAGAUCAAUAGAAAGAUACUUUCGGAG